GCUGUGGGGCUGGAUAUGUGGCUGUGGGUCGGGCUGUGGGUCCAUAGGGCCUGCUGUAGGCCCCUGACCCCCCCUCCCUCUCCCCUUCACCCUGCAGUUCCCCCUCCGCCCUGCGGGUGGCGCUGGCGGGUGCCUGGCAGGUGGUGCGGGCCCGGCGGCUGCGGCACUUCCCGCGGGUGUUGGCCCUGCUGGAGGCCGUGGGCCGGGCGGCCCCCGCAGCCCUCAGCUUUCAACACAGCGUCCGCCUCCGCCUGGGCCUGCAGGCCGCCGCGGUGCACUCUCUGCUCCUGGAGGACCAUUCGGAGGCGCAGCUCUUCGACUCCAUUGACCUCUUCUUCCCCGAAGGGACGGCCCCAAAUUGGGGGGGGGGCAGCGCCCCCCCACGAGCAGCAGAUGGCUGCCGAAGCCCAGCAGGAUUUCCGCGAUUCCAUAUUGCCCCUUUUAUGGGACCGCAGGAAGCGCUGCCAAUACCUGCAGGGUCCGGCCCGCCAUGCCUACGGCGCCGCGUUCCUUCACGCCUUGGAGCAGCUCUGCUUUGAGUUCCUGCAGCGCCUGGAGAGCGCUCUGCCCCCCCCCGACCUCAGCCAGCUGUACGCCGUGGUGUGGAGCCACGCCCCUUCCGGUCCCCGCCCCCCCUCUCUGCCAAUCCUGCAUCGCUACCUGGCUGACAUGGGCCACGCCCCUUCCGGCGCUGUGCCCCGCCCGCUGAGCUCCGCCCAGCAACAGAAGGGCCAUUCGGAAUGCUCCACCCCCACCAAGCCCCGCCCACAGCGCCGCCAGCUCCGCCCCCUCCGCGCGCAGCCAUUGGAGUUCCUCGGCGAAUCAGAAGGGGAGAGCGACCUGCAGAGGAAGCUCCGGAGCGCACCCCGCCGGCGCUCCCCUCCCGGGGCGGGGCCGAGCUCUGAUUGGCCGAGCGGCGGCCAAUACCGUGCGUGCGCGCUUGGGACUCCAACUCCCAGCGUGCCUCGCGGCGCGCGUCCAGCAGGAAGUGGUGCGCAGCGGGGUGGGCGUGGCUUGCGCGCACUUCCGCUUCCGGCGCGCCGGGCACAGAGGCACGAUGCUGAUCAAAGUGAAGACGCUGACCGGGAAAGAGAUCGAGAUCGACAUCGAACCCACCGACAAGGUGGAGCGCAUCAAGGAGCGCGUGGAGGAGAAGGAGGGGAUCCCCCCCCAGCAGCAGCGGCUCAUCUACAGCGGGAAGCAGAUGAACGACGAGAAGACGGCGGCCGACUACAAGAUCCAGGGUGGCUCCGUGCUGCACCUGGUGUUAGCCCUCCGAGGGGGCGGGGCCAGGCGGGGCGAGGGGCGGGGCUAACGGCAGGCCCCGCCCUCCGCCCGCGUCGACGGCCCCGCCCCUAUUGACUCCCCCUCCCCACCCCCACGUUCUCUCCCCCUAAAAGUCCUCCUGUUUGCAUGUAUCCCCACGAAUUAAAGCGUCUGUGUGAUGUCA